AUGAAGGUUGAAUUUGCAUCGGAAAAGUCUCCUUUCGAGGUUUUUCAAGGCGAAGCCACCAGCGGACUUCACCAUCAAAACCACGAAUCCCGCCGCCGCCAAGACAGCUUCGAGACCCAGAGUUUGCGCAGCCAAGAGGUUGAAACGCGUGCUAGCGACGAAAGUGCUCGCACACAAGACAGUCAUGGAAACCCACCCCACGCCAAAGAGGCGACGUUUUCCCGCCGUAGACUCAAGGCGGUUGCAAAAAAGUACGCGCGCUUCAUUGGGCCCGGAAUCAUGAUUUCUGUCGCGUACAUGGACCCAGGUAACUAUGCCACCGGUGUCACUGCCGGUGCGUCCAACCGCUUCUCGUUAUUGUUCAUCACGCUCCUUUCGAGUGUCAUGGCGGUGUUUUUGCAGAGCUUGUGUAUCAAGUUGGGUACGGUCACAGGAUACGACUUGGCCCGUUGCUGCCGUGAGCAUCUUCCCCGCAAGCUUAACUAUGUGUUGUGGUUCCUUGCUGAGUGUGCUAUCAUCGCCACAGAUGUCGCCGAGGUCAUUGGUACUGCUGUGGCACUUAACAUUUUGCUUCAUAUCCCUCUUCCUGCCGGUGUGGCCAUCACAAUUGUCGAUGUCCUUGUUGUUUUGGCCGCCUAUCGCUCCGACACUCCGCUGGCCCAUUUCGUGCGCUACUUUGAAUAUGCUGUGGCCACUUUUGUGCUCGGCGUGGUGGUGUGUUUUGCCGUGGAAAUGGCUUACUUGCCUAGCUCCGUCUCUGCUGGCUCCGUCUUGCGUGGUUACGUCCCUAGCAAGCAGAUGUUUGAGGGCUCCGGUCUUACUAUCGCAACGUCCAUCAUUGGUGCCACAGUCAUGAUUCACUCGCUCUUUUUGGGUUCUGGUCUCGUCCAGCCCCGUUUGCGUGAGUACGACUACACCCACGGCCACAUGGAUCUUCCCGAAGAAACUGGCGAGAAGGAGAAACAAGACGCCGUGCUGGAGUACAUUUACUCCGAGUACAAGCCAUCUUAUUAUGCCAUGCAGUACUGCCUCAAGUACUCUGUCAUUGAGUUGGUUGUAACGUUGCUCACAGCAGCCCUUUUCGUUAACUCGGCCAUUCUUGUGUUGGCAGGCGCUACCUUAUACGGCACGCCAGACGCUGUCGACGCGGAUCUUUACUCGAUUCACCAUCUUUUGCUGACCACAUUGGCUCCAGCUGUGGGAACGAUUUUCAUGUUGGCGUUGCUUUUCAGUGGCCAGAGUGCUGGUAUCGUGUGCACUAUUGCCGGACAAAUGAUCAGUGAGGGCCACUUGAAGUGGACUGUUCGCCCUUGGAUCCGCCGGUUGGCUACACGUGGUAUUGCCAUUGUUCCUUGUUUGAUCAUUUCCAUUUGUAUUGGCAAGGACGCCUUGAACUCGGCUCUUAACGUGUCCCAGGUUGUGAUCUCGAUUCUUUUGCCUCCGCUCACGGCGCCACUCAUUUACUUCACUUGCAGCAAGAAGAUUAUGCGAGUCCAAAAACCAUCUGAGCUCUGGGCCGGCGAAGAGCCUGAAUACUGGCAGAUGCAAAACUCAUGGUUGACCACAGCUAUUGCUGUAGUUGUUUGGCUUUUCAUUUCAGUCUUGAACGUGUAUGCUAUCGUGCAGAUGGCUCAACUGGGUAUUCAAGGAUAA